AUGUCGCCGGGCCAUGACAAUGGUCGAAAGAGCGCGUCAUUUGUGGAAUCGGCUGCCUUCCUUCGAGGUCCACCCUUGAUUCCUUGCAUGGUGUCCCGCUACCUGCCUGGAUCCCAUGCUCGCCGUGCCAGCCGUCGUGCCCACUUUGCCGUGGCCCAUGGCAAGUUUGAGCGCGACGAGCCGUUUUCCUGGCAUUGCGCCACGAGGAGGGACUACCAGCGCCGUCUAGUGGCUAUUGCCCCAGUCAUGCCGCCGUCUGAGCAGCUAGGCUUGCCGCUCUCCACUGCACACGAUUUAAUUCGAUAUGCGAUAUUCGCAACAAACGUCGUGUCCUCGCGCCACGACGACACGACCAAGGCAGGGCUGAACAACGACACGACGACGCUAAGACAAACCGGCGACACUUUCCCUCGUCUUCGAGGCUUCAGCCUGGGGAACAAGUCGUCGGCCCGGCGCCGGGUUCUUAUCCCAACCCAUGGAUGA